UGGACGUGUAGCUGCUUCAUGGUGGAGAGGGAGUGGCAUCUCGCGUGGAGCUUUGGAGACGGCGGAGGAGAACGACGGCGCGGUGGGCAUCGCCGGUGACGUUUGUUGUUACUUGUUAGCGGGCCACCGCAAUGGCAACGCCGCCGCCAGCGUUCGUGUACCGGAUCAGCACGGGGGAUGAGUGGGCGGAGCUCCAGCGCACCGGCGGCACCCUGGGCGGCGACCUCGACCGCUCCACCGGCUGCUUCCACCUCAGCGACCUCGCCCAGGCGAAGAUGACACUAAAGAAUUAUUUCCGUGGGCAAAAUAAUCUAUACCUGCUACAAAUUGACACUGCCAAGAUUGCAGAUGGCUUAAUCUAUGAGGCAGCUGAUGGCUGUAACUAUUUCCCUCAUUUCUAUGGCCCUGAUCGGAGCUUUGCACCCCUUCAACUAAGUGCUGUUGUGAAGGCGGACAAAAUAGUGCAGGCAAACAAUAAUUUUUCUUGCAGUCUACUUGAUGGAGCGGCCAUCUAAUUCUGAUGUGUAACCGUAAGGUAAGAAAAAAAAGAGGGCAUGGAACACCGAAUACCAGGAUUGGCAAGUCGGAGGUACAGGUUCUCGCCAACGGUUCUCUUCUGAGCAUCAAUAAGCUCCCCUGACCA